AUGAAAUUCUCAGUCUUUUUUGUUGUGGCUGCCGCGGUCUGCUCUGGGUUCACUGAUGAGCACCGCCAUGACCAUCCCGAGCAGAUGCCUUUUGAUUACGUCAAAUUCCCUUACGAGCAGCCCUUAUAUCGAACAAGCACUGGGGAAGUGACGGCAGACGCUAUCUUUUCUGGUAUAACGACAUUCGCCAAGCUUCCUUGGGUGCAAUGUCUAAACAGACAACACGAUGUCCCGGUGGAUAUUGCUUUCUUAGGCGCGCCAUUUGAUACUGGAACUAGCUAUAGGCCUGGAGCACGAUUCGGUCCUUCUGGUAUCCGGGCCGGCUCUCGUCGUCUCAACCUCUAUGGAGGCUACAACGUUCCCCUCGAAGCCAAUCCAUUCAAGUCCGGUCAACGCAUCGUUGACUGUGGCGAUAUUCCCGUGUCCCCGUAUGAUAGUGCGUACGCCGUAAAACAAAUCGAAGCAAGCCACAGGUCUAUCCUCCAGCGAACUGCGUUCUCACCCAUGGCGAACGACUCUGAGACCGGGGAAGCUCUUGAAGCGAUUGCUCUGGAUGGUAAAAAUCAUCCUCGAAUUAUCACACUUGGUGGAGAUCACACGAUAACUCUUCCCCUUUUGCGCUCUAUCAAUUCUGUUUAUGGUCCUAUUUCUGUUAUACAUUUUGACUCUCACCUUGACACCUGGAAACCCAAAGUAUUUGGGGGAGCGCCAUCCGAUACUGCCGCAGUCAAUCAUGGAACGUACUUCUGGCAUGCUUCUCAGGAAGGUCUCAUCAAGAACGGAUCGUCAAUUGCAAGUCACGGGGCUAUCCGGACGACGCUUUCUGGUCUGGAAGACUACGAAGUUGACGAUGAAGUUGGAUUCCAGCGCAUCGAGGCGCGGGAAAUUGAUACACUCGGUGUGAACGGUAUCAUCCAAAAGAUUCACGAGACCGUUGGUCAUCGUCCUGUUUACCUAUCCAUCGACAUUGACUCCAUCGAUCCCGCUUUCGCUCCUGCCACCGGUACACCGGAGACCGGCGGGUGGACUACUCGCGAGCUACGCGCAAUCCUAAGAGGUCUGGAUGGUCUCCAGAUCGUCUCCGCAGACCUUGUCGAGGUUGCUCCAGCGUAUGAUACAAAUGCAGAGCUCACGACGAUGGCUGCCGCUGAUGUUUUAUUCGAAGUGCUCACCGUGAUGACAAAGAAUCCUUUAGGUAAGGUCAAGUCCAGGACGGAAUGA